GUAAGCAAAAAAAAAGGUUGCAAAUCAUCACUUCCUCUUUUAACCAACCACCGUCUGCCGCCCUCAAAAUCCUUCCUAGGCUGGUGUUCACUGUAGACUGUGGUCCUCUCUUUCUCUUCUCACUCUAAACAUAAUUAAAAAGUAUACAAAAAAAGAAACAUCUUUUUCCCUGCUCAACUUCCUCUCUCCUUCCUCCUCUUAUAUAUCUCUACGCGCAGCACGAAUCCCAAACUUUUUCCUCGAGUCUCCUCAGUACACAUAUACUACAGGAAAACCCCCCUGUCUGUUCUCCUUUCCGAGCUUUUCUGUAUAAAAGGAUGCCUGGUUGGUGGGAGUGGGGUAAAAAGUCAUCCAAGAACAAAGAAGAGAAGCAGCAGCAGCAAGAUAACCCAUAUGGGAAAAAUGAUGUUUCCACGAAGAAGACCACCAAAAAAAAGCCUAAGAGCUUUGAUGAGGUCGUGUUGACUCGGAAUUCACCACGUGGGAGCAAGGAUUUGGCAGGUGGGUCUUCCGGGUUUUCGGGUUUUGAUUCAGAUUCGGUCGAGAAGAGAGGGCUUCCCCUUCCUACGCCGUCUGGUUCUGGGAGUGAUCAUGGGAUUAGUGGGAUUGGGUUGGGAUCUGGGUCAGCUUCGGGUUCCAUGUCCAGUGUGAGCUCUUCUGGGUCUUCCGGUGAAGAUCAUCCGAUUUCAAAUGAACAUAACAGUAGUCUUUUUGGUGUUUACAGAGGACAAGGUGAUAUAAGGUUCAAUGCAGGGUCACGAAGCCCAGGUCCAGGAUCACGAAGUCCAGGUCCUGGUUCAAGAAGCCCCGGUCCUGGAUCUAGAAGUCCCGGUCCUGCAUCAAGAGGGCCCAGCAGGUCUGCAUCACCUCUUCAUCCACUGUUAGGAGGUGUGAAUGUAGACUCUCCAACAGGAAGGCUGGAAGAUGGGAAGAGCCAAUGUCAUCCACUGCCUCUCCCACCAGGCUCUCCUAGCAGCACUUCUUCCUUCCUGCCAAGCACAAGAACUCCUGUUGCGACUGAAAGCACAACUGUUCUAGUGUCAAAAUGGAAGAAAGGAAAGCUACUAGGAAGGGGAACUUUUGGACAUGUUUACCUUGGAUUUAACAGUGAGAGUGGACAGAUGUGUGCAAUAAAAGAAGUCAGAGUUGUUUCAGAUGAUCAGACAUCAAAAGAAUGUCUUAAGCAACUGAACCAGGAGAUAAAUUUACUUAGUCAGCUUUCACAUCCAAACAUUGUUCGAUAUUAUGGAAGUGAACUGAGUGAAGAAACACUUUCAGUUUAUCUAGAGUAUGUCUCUGGUGGCUCAAUUCAUAAAUUACUUCAAGAAUAUGGCGCCUUCAAGGAACCCGUUAUUCAAAAUUAUACCAGGCAGAUUCUAUGUGGUCUUUCCUAUUUGCAUGGAAGAAAUACUGUACACAGGGAUAUCAAAGGGGCUAACAUAUUAGUUGAUCCUAAUGGUGAAAUCAAGCUGGUUGACUUUGGCAUGGCUAAACAUAUUACUGCUUGUUCUUCAAUGCUUUCAUUCAAGGGAAGUCCUUACUGGAUGGCGCCUGAGGUUGUAAUGAAUACAAAUGGCUACAGUCUUGCAGUCGACAUUUGGAGUUUAGGAUGCACAAUUCUUGAAAUGGCAACAUCGAGACCACCGUGGAACCAGUAUGAAGGGGUGGCUGCAAUAUUCAAAAUUGGAAACAGCAAAGAUAUGCCUGAUAUACCUGAUCACCUGUCAAAUGAUGCGAAAAGUUUUAUAAAGUUGUGUUUGCAGCGGGAUCCAUCAGCACGCCCGACGGCUUCACAAUUGUUGGACCAUCCUUUCAUUCGAGACCAAUCAACAGCGAGAGUUGCUAACAUCAACAUAAUUAGGGAGGCCUUCCCAUACACUUCUGAUGGAAGCCGCACGUUGCCAGUGUUAGAUCUCCAUUCCAAUAGAACGAGUUUAACUUUGUCUGAUGGAGAUUACGCAAUGAAGCAUGUGGUCACUAAUGCCAGAGGAUUGAAGAACACGAGGGAUGAUUCAAGAAUGAUCACAUCGUUACCUGUAUCCCCUUGUUCUAGCCCUUUACGGCAAUAUGGACCAGCACACAAGAGUUGUUUCCUUUCACCUUCUCAUCCGACAUUUGCAUUGGCUGGGCAAAGCGGUUACAACUUAAGUGAUUACUCGUUGUAUUCAACGAGACCAAACGUAACAAAUGCUCACGAUACUUGCUUGGAAACUUCCCUAUUAAGAAGUCAAACACCUGGAGCAUCACCAAGAACAAGACCCAUUUGAGUCUAAAUACCAGCACCCAACACUAUUCAUAAUCUGCUCUGGAUGGAAUCACAAGGUUCUAAUAUCCAUGGUUCCUUGCUCUUAGUAUGGUAAAUGGUUUUUUCACUUGAAUGGAAGAGUGAAGUUGGUGAAUUCUUUUCCCGGAGGCAAGGGGAGAGACAUUCGGGGCGUGGGGUAGAUAGAUGGUGGAUUUAUCGAUAUGGCAGUCUCUUGGCGAUGGUUGUAAAUGUCCGGUGGGUCAUCACCGUGUGUAACAUUCAUGUGGUAAUCCAGUAAAUUUAAUAAGAUCACUGCUUAUACCAA